UGCAGUGGCCGAAACUUACUUAUCGUUGUCGUCAAUUGUCAAAGUGAAAGUCUAGACUUUAGAGGAGACUUGUCAAUUCAUCGCGCGCGCAAGUCGUCAUUUUGGUCUGGGAAUCGACUGAUAGUGUUUCGUGUGUGAUGUAAUUUUCAAACAAAAGAACCAGACUGUAAAUGGUUACUUGGUUGCCAAAAAGUUCCGUGAAUUGCUUGUCGUGAGUGCAGUGUCGUCGCCCAGGGUCAUAGAAUCGUCACCUGCAAAUUUGCGUUGUCUUGAAUGUUGUUAACGUUCGGUGUACGGCAGUUUCUCAAGCCAAGAGUAAAUAAAAGUGUCGUCCAUAGGAAGACGUCGAGGAGGCCGUCUUCGUCGUUGUCGAUGAAUUCUCUGCAGAGUCUGUUCUAACCUAAAGAGUAAGAAGGUGACACUUUCUGCGCUUUUGUUCAUCAAUACCUACACACACCGAGAGAUAUCUGUUGUUUGGUGAACCAAAUCAUAGUCGAACAUCGUGACGCCUGCUUUGUUGAUGUUUACGUUGGUUGGUCAGUCCAUGUUUUGUUUUCAUUGUCGUAUUUUGACACACGAGCGAUUUGGCCAUUCUGGGCUCUAGCUCUAAACGACAUCUACAUACUAGUAUUUGUAUUUAUCGAUUGAUUUACAAUACUUAAAGAUUAAAGCAUAUUUCUCAUUUUUUGUGUAUUAAAAUCUGACGUCAACUUUACACCAUUUGUUGUGUGAAUUGUAGGCUUCCAUCGAGCAGCUUAGGUAGAACAAGAAAUCGUUCUUGCAAAGAAGACUGAAAAACGGAAGAAACAAUCAACAACCACACGGGAGAGAAAUAAAUCAGAGUCUCUCUGGAAGUUUUGGUUAUGAAAGAAUUGGGUCGGUUGUCGGUUGAUAAUAGGGGGAUGCCAUGCUGCCAGUACAGUCUCUGAGCCAGAAAGAGGUGGCAGCUACGACAACAGAAAUGGCAGACGAGCUGCUACCUGCCAGUCUGGAGAAGCUCGAGAUCGACCAGCUUUCCCAGGGCUCCUGUCAUCAAGCAUUGAACGAUAAAUCGGCAGCAUUAAGCCCCUUGCCUGGUUGCAAAUGUUAUAAACGAAACAACGGAGAUUUUUCUCGGCGGUACACGAGGAAAACGUUGCCGAUCAAAGCUUGCACCGACUGCAGUCGAGCAUCGCUCGCGCUCACAUUGCGUAGGCCGAAAAAGAAAAACUCCAUCAUCCGCGAGGCUGUUUUGAAAUUGUGCAGUUCAGAUCCUACGCGUCCAAGCGACAACCACGCCAGUACACUCCUCGAGAAAGCUUGCAAGCUUAGCAUCUCAAAGAAAAUAAAAAUCUUUGGUCACGGCUCGAUGACCAAGGACUUUGGAGCUUUGAAAAUCAGUCUCAAGGACUCGGAGGCGAAAGACGACAGCAGCAUUCCCGAGACCGACUAUCAGGCCAACAGUUUCCAGCGAGCUCGCAGCAAUACGAUGCCGAGCUUAAAAGCGUCGGACGAAAGUAGCCUCGUGUCAAACGCGCAGCAGCAGGUAUCAGGUGCAAGUAACAAUACGUGCUCGUUGCAGGCGCGCAUGUCCGCGCCCUCGUGCGAUGUGACCAUAGACGAGCUCGCGAGUUAUUUCGAGGAAUAUGUUCAUAUUCCCAAGAAGAUGUCACACAUGGCUGAGAUGAUGUACAUUUAAUGUACCGUCCGCUUGUCCGGUCCUCGUGUUUGUAACGCGCUUUCUCAUUAGAUGCUUUACAAACGACUCGAAAUAAUGAUUGCCGUUUCCUUUUCUUUUCUUUUUUUUCAUUUUGGCGCUUUGAUAGCAGCUUACGUACCGUUAGGGUCCAUCUCUUGUCAGUUUCGCCAUAGUGUUUUACAACCUGGCAUGAAUAUUUAUUGUUUGAAUUUAAAACUUUAGUGUAAAUUGCGCACUGCUUUGCAAGGUACUGUUAAUCUUCAAAUAUCAAAGUAUAUUUGUACAAAUAAAAUUUAACGAAAUGAGUUAUGAAGAGUAAAUUUUUUUCUUAAUUCAAUUGAUGUUUAUGAUUGAAAAGAAACCGCAGUUAUUUGAAGCUGAUAUUAUAUCUUGAUCUACUGUAAGAGCAAGAACAAUCUUAGGAGCUAAGGUGCUGUUGAAAAUAAUGGCACAAAGCCACAAAAGCCACUUACACUUGUUAGUCUCGUACCGAAAGGUUGUCUUGUGUAUCGUUCUCGUAUUAACUAUAUGUUUUCCCCUAGGUUACUUUACUGUUUCGUUUGGUACCUAAACCUAAAUUACAUCAUAUACGUAUUAAUAUAAUGUAGAUUGAGAAUAAAAGUUAAGUAAGUAGGUUAUGGUAUUUCCUUAAUUAUUUACUUAUGCUUUUACGUAUUAUAAAGUGACAUUCAUUUAUUCAUUUAAGUGUUUUCGUUUUUAAGAUCAAAAAUCGUUGAUUUAGAACUUUAUAAAGACUGUAUAUGUAUUAACACCGUAACCAUUUAACGCCUAAGGCAGGAUAUAUAAGUAUUAGUAAUCUUUAUGCAGUAAAAUU